ACAAUUGAACUGUCGAGCCUCCGUAUCGCCGCAAAACAUAUAGAGCUCCGAGUCCUGCUGGCUUCAUUUGGUCUUGCGCCCAUAUAAUUAUAAACGUUGCUCGGAGUCAAACGCUGCGCGUCUCGCCUCCUUCCUUCUGCCAUGUCGGCUACUGGAGAAGAAAAGGCUCAUGUAAUCGGAUCUGCAACUUCAUCUGUUGAACAACUCGAGAUCCACGAGCGUCCCAGAGGAUGGAGAGGUCUUUAUUACCACCCAGCCACGCAGGUCUGCCUCGUGGGCUUCGUGUGCUUUAUGUGCCCGGGCAUGUUUAACGCCAUGACUGGUCUUGGCGCUUUUGGUCAAGUGGAUGCAACUAGCAGCGCAAACGCGAAUUCCGCUCUCUAUGCUACCUUUGCAUUCUUCGCUUUUUUUUCUGGCUCCGUGCACAACGUGCUUGGACCUAGACUCUGCCUAUUGCUGGGAACGUGGGGAUAUUCUUUGUACAUUGCGUCAUACCUUGCAACCAACAUACAUCCCGGUGCAGGUGAUUUUGUUGUCGUCGCUGGAGCUAUAUUAGGUGUCUGUGCGGCCUUAGUAUGGACGGCGCAGGGAUCCCUGAUGAUGGCCUACCCAACCGAGGCUCAAAAGGGGACGUUCAUCGGUUACUUUUGGGCAAUCUUUAACCUAGGAGGUGUCGUUGGUUCCGCAGUGGCCUUUGGGUCGAACUUCAACUCGAUGGCGAAUAAAGUUGGAAAUGGAACCUAUAUCGGAUUUCUGAUCCUCUCCCUUACUGGCGUUGUCUUGCCACUCUUCCUUGCAGACCCAUACAAGAUGAUCCGUACUGAUGGAACCAGAGUCACGCCUAUCCGUCAUCCUUCUUGGAAAACUGAGUUUAUCAGUCUUUUUGUGGCACUAAAGACGGACCCUUGGAUUGUGCUCUUGUUUCCCAUGUUCUUCGCGAGCAACUACUUCUACACCUGGCAAUUCAACGAUUAUAACGGCGCCUUGUUCAACAUUCGCACCCGCGGCCUGAACAACUUCGUUUAUUGGACUGCUCAGAUCUUUGGCUCAUUCUUCAUUGGUCACUAUGUCCUGGAUUUGAGGCGGUUCCGUAGACGUGUCCGUGCAUUCUUGGGCUGGUCAAUUGUAGUGGUGUUGGUUUUUGCUGUUCAUCUAUGGUCAUACUAUUACCAACUGACUUAUACUCGCGCCUCAGAGCCUCCUACAGCCGUCAAGAUGGAUAUCAACGAUCCGGAUUACCCCGCACAUAUAUGGCUCAUGAUUUUCUACGGCCUCCUCGACUCUAUGUGGCAGACAACUGCCUACUGGCUGAUGGGCGCUAUGUCCAAUGACCCUGCAAAGCUCGCCGUGUUUACCGGCUUCUACAAGUGCUUCCAGUCUGCUGGAUCCGCAGUCGUUUGGCGCCUCGACGCUGUUCAAAAACCAUAUAUGGACAUUUUCAUUUCUACUUGGGUGCUAGCGGCUGCCGGCAUGAUAUGUGCCUUCCCGUUGGUCUACAUGCGCGUCAAAGACUACACGGAGAUGGACGAUGAGGCUCUGUUGAACCGCCCAAACGUCGAGAGACUUCCUGAACCCUCUGAGAAGUAAAAUGAUAAGUGUUCGUGCAGUAAGAGAGAAAGACAGUGUAUUUAUGACACACGAACUUGUAAUGAGAUCUUUUGUUGUUUUAGUAUCUUCGAGGUCGGUAUUUGUAGUCGUCUUGCUGCCAGGAGGAAUUGUACGUUAUGCGUAUUCAUGGGUCACAAAUCAAUUAUUGGCAGACGGUAGUGAAC